AUGGGUGGAAGCUGGAAACUCAGCAUAGAGUAUGUUGUGCCGGAUGACAAGUUGUUUGGUAGCCAGCUAGCCAACGGGUCCUGGACGGGGCUCAUGGGACUGCUGACUCGUGGGGAGGUGGAUAUGACAGGGACGGUGAUGAGUCAGAGUGAAGAGAGGUUCCUGGCCAUAGACUUCAGCACACCUCUCUACAUGGACGAGAGCAAGCUUAUCUGCAAGCGACCAAUCUUUCAGUCAGACAUCACUGGGUUCCUCAAGCCAUUCACAGUCAUGACGUGGAUGGUGCUGAUGGUGACGGUGGUAGUUGUAACGGCGGCAACGGCUUCCGUUCUGCAAGGUCGUUCAAACCUUUUUAAAGACAGCACCUUCUUAAACUCACCUCGGGUUGAACUUAUUGCCCGAAAUGUUGUGGGAAUUGGUUACUUUGUGAGAAUGAUCCUCACGUUACCUCAUACUACAGAAUGCUCUAGCCAGUGUGAAGUGUGCUCUAGCCAGUGUGAAGUGUGCUCUAGCCAGUGUGAAGUGUGCUCUAGCCAGUGUGAAGUGUGCUCUAGCCCAUGUAAGAUGUGCUCUAGCCAGUGUAAGGUGUGCUCUAGCCAGUGUGAAGUGUGCUCUAGCCAGUGUAAGGUGUGCUCUAGCCAGUGUAAGGUGUGCUCUAGCCAGUGUAAGGUGUGCUCUAGCCAGUGUAAGAUGUGCUCUAGCCAGUGUAAGAUGUGCUCUAGCCAGUGUAAGGUGUGCUCUUGUCAGUGUAAGGUGUGCUCUAGCCAGUGUAAGGUGUGCUCUAGCCAGUGUGAAGUGUGCUCUAGCCAGUGUAAGGUGUGCUCUAGCCAGUGUAAGGUGUGCUCUAGCCAGUGUAAGGUGUGCUCUAGCCAGUGUAAGAUGUGCUCUAGCCAGUGUAAGGUGUACUCUAGCCAGUGUAAGGUGUGCUCUAGCCAGUGUAAGGUGUGCUCUAGCCAGUGUAAGGUGUGCUCUAGCCAGUGUAAGAUGUGCUCUAGCCAGUGUAAGGUGUGCUCUAGCCAGUGUAAGGUGUGCUCUAGCCAGUGUAAGGUGUGCUCUAGCCAGUGUAAGGUGUGCUCUAGUCAGUGUGAAGUGUGCUCUAGCCAGUGUGAAGUGUGCUCUAGCCCAUGUAAGGUGUGCUCUAGCCAGUGUAAGGUGUGCUCUAGCCAGUGUAAGGGAGACUUCACUAACUUAGCCACGCUUUUCUUCCCAGCAUUUGAACGAUUGCCACGAGGAGAUUCAGUACGGGUGGUAGUCGGGAUAUGGCUUCUCUUGACCCUAAUCGUCGGGACGGUGUACCGCUCCAACCUCAACGCCAUGCUAGCCCUUCCGAAGCUGCAUCUACCCUUCAAUAAUCUGGAGGAGCUGGUGGACAAGGGUAUCCCGUGCUUCAUCAACAGGGGCACCAUGGUGCACCAGUUCAUAGAGGCAAAGCCGGGGUCGACACUGUACCGUUUCAAGAAACAAGCUGUCAUCCACUCUGACGUUCCCCGAGCCAUCAGAGACGUGCUCCAGCAUAAUCAUGCUGCCUUCGGCACCAUGAGCGGCAUCCUAUACAUCAUACACAACACCUUCGCUAUGACGAAGACGUGUCCAUAUUACUUGGCCAAGGAGACAUACUACGCCUCUACCAGCGUCAGUCUCGCCUUCCCCAAGAACUCUACACUUAGGCACAAGAUCGACCCACUAAUUCAACGCCUGCAAGAAUUCGGGAUCUUAAAUUACCAGUUGAUGAAGGGACUCCAACAUGCACGGAACUGUCUAAAGUCAGAUACCUCUACCAGUGCCACCUUCACCCUUCGUCCAUUGGAACUUGGAGAUUUCUAUGGUGCUCUAUGCAUAUAUUCCGGAGGUCUGUUGCUGGCUUGUCUGACUUUCAUUUUGGAGCUGAUCAACAAAAGAAGGCGGCCAGCGCUCCUCGCAUGAGCUUGUCUGACCAUCCUCGUCUGAUGCCUGAUCACCAUCUUCUCUUGAAUUGCUUUGACUAUUUAUUUCUUCUCUGGCUGUCCUCACCUAGAUGUCUCUGAUCGCACUCUCUCUAGAACAUUGCUGAGCAUCUAAAAUUCCAUUUAUAUUAUGAAGAAAAAAAUUUCAUUAUGUAUUUCGA